AGAAGGACUGAGCGAGUGUUUGCAGGAGAGCAGAGCUGUGCUUCGGAAAUGAGCUACUUUGUGCUUUAAAAUACACUCGACUUAAAUCAUUAGAAUUUGCAGUAGAACUCUUGUUUUAGCUUUGGAGCAGUUAUCUAAAAUUCAGUGACAUUCUUUACUGAGACUGAAUUUCAGUUGAAAUGGUCCAGAUGAUUUUUAUGUCAAUGAUUUCACUCAAAAUCACAUCACAGCCCACACUUUAUUUACCACAUUGUCUGUGAUUUUGUGUGUGUGAACAUCAUCAUGAGGUGUAGUAGGUUUAAAUGUUUGUUGUGUAUUUCCAUGUCAUUUGAUGCUGAGUUUCAGGGAUUUGUCUUUUUCAGGGCGAUCUGACUUUGCGCCGUGUUUCUAUGAUAAUGGAGCUGGAAGCAGCAACGGAAACAUGGGGUUAUUCAGCAUCUCUGAAGACACCUCCGUUGGGACUCAUGUUUACACACUGAACGGCUCUGACCCCGAAGACGAGCCGGUGACCUACGGCAUGACCUUUGAUAAGGGCUCCAAAGAGUACUUCAGCGUCGAGCCCAAAUCAGGGAACGUGACUCUCAUCCAAACACUGGACAGAGAGGUUCAGUAUGAGAUCGUUGCAUUUGUGACCAUCACAGAUGGGAGAAAUAAGGUUGUAGAAAAUGUUCGAGUGUUCAUCACAGAUGCUAACGAUGAAAAGCCUGAGUUUCUGGAUCUGCCGCUCGUAGUGGACGUCCCCGAGGACAUCGCUUCAGGCAGCAGCAUCUACAGAGUCCAGGCCGUCGACAGAGACCUCGGGUCCGGAGGAAGUGUGACCUACUCCCUGCAGUCGACGCCCAGCACUAAGUUCACCAUCGACGGUCACAGUGGAGCUCUGCGCAUCAGAUCCGGAGAAUCGCUGGACUACGAGGUCUCCAGGACUCAUUUUGUCACUGUGGUUGCAAAGGAUGGCGGGGGUAAAUAUCAUGGAAAAUACCAGGUCAUGACCUCCACAGCCAUCAUAACCAUCAAUGUCCUCGAUACCCAGGAUUCUCCUCCAGUGUUUGUUGCUACUCCGUAUUUUGGAUUUGUGUAUGAAGUCUCUGUACCAGGCUCAGAGAUAUUCACUGUUUCUGCCAAAGACGGCGACCAGAACAACCCCAACACCAUGCAUUACUCCAUUCUGAGCGGCAGCGACGGCUUCUUCAGCAUCAACAGCACGAGCGGCUGUAUCAGCUUGACAUCUUUCCCUGUACAGCUGAGGAACGAGUUAUACGAAUUACAAGUCAAGGCUGCAGAGGUUGGAGCCGACAGGUUUUCUGAUUACAGCGUGACCACAGUCACUGUUCGUGUGGUGGACCUCAACAACCAUCCGCCCACUUUCUACGACGAGAACGGCCCACAGAACCGCUUCGAGCUGAGCAUGUACGAGCAUCCGCCGGAAGGAGAGAUACUCCGCGGCCUGAAGAUCACGGUCAACGACUCGGACCAGGGAGCAAAUGCUAAGUUCAGGCUGCUGUUGGUGGGACCUUCUCGAGUUCUCCGUGUGGUUCCUCAGACGGUUCUCAAUGAAGCCCAGGUCACCAUCAUGGUGGAAAACUCGUCCGCCAUCGACUACGAAAAAUACCAGUUCUUAACAUUCAAGCUGUUAGCAAUGGAGAUCGACACUCCCGAGCGCUUCAGUGCCACUGCGGAUAUCGUCAUCAAUCUUUUGGACACAAACGACAACAUUCCCAAGUUCUCCUCUGAGUUUUACAUCGCCAGGAUCCCUGAGAAUUCCCCAGGAGGCUCCAACCUCGUCUCAGUGACCGCGACAGACCCGGAUUCAGGGCUUUGGGGAGAAGUGAAAUAUUCCAUCUACGGCUCUGGCGCUGAUCUUUCUGUCAGUCAUGUGCUUGAGUUUAGGGACCGGUGGUCUGUGGUGGUUCAAGCUCGUGAUCGAGGCUCUCCAUCCUUCAGCACAACGGCGGUCGUGAAGAUCGACAUCACGGAGGCGAAUGGGCUCAAAGGGCCCAUGGCUGCUUUUCUAAUACAGAGCCGAGACAGUCCAAUGAAAGCUCUUGGCCUGGCCGUCAGCAUCAUUACUGUGAUGGUUUUGGUGACAAUUAUGAUCUCCACCAUCAUGUACUUUCGCAACACAAAGUCCAACAGGAUCACGCCAGCGCGCCACAUCAUUCGCAGGAGACCCAAAGAGCCACGCUGCUGGACCUUCAGGCUGUGGUUUGGACGGAGCGACCUGAGCUUUGGAAAGUUCUUCACUGACGAUGAGACGAGGGACAACACAAACCACAGCAGCCCCAGAGCCAAGCCGCCGGCCCCCAGCGCUCCGGUGCUCCCUCCUCCGCCUCCGAGCGAGCGGCUGCGGUCAGUGCCCACGGUGUCCGGCUCCCUGGCCUCCAGAAACACCAGCCGCAGCUCCAGCUGGAGGACCAGCAAAAGCACAGACGGCACCCAGAGAUCUGGCCAAAACAAAGACGGCAGUGGCAUCAGCUCCACUCUAGUGUCUGAGCUUAAAAUGAGAAUAGAACAGAAAAUCAAUGAGGCAAAUCAAGGCUACUAUUACUGACACACUGACCGGUGUGAGUAACGGAUACGAUGUGUGUUUGAUGGACCGCUGGACGCUUGAUGUUACGAACAGCUCGCUGAGAAGAAUGUUUCUUUUUUUGUGAAAGUGUUUUUAAAGUGGCCGUCUGGUUUACCCUUAAGUGUUUCGGUUUUUCAACAUGCCGUACAGUCAUUUAAGAUCUAAGAUUUCUAUAGAUUAUUUAUGUGACUAUUGCAUGUACUGACUGUAUUUCUUCAGCUUUUGCCUUGAGGAUCUUUGGUAAAAGUCUGCAGACUGUAUGGACAUCGGACUCUCAUUUGUAGUUACUGCUGUCAAACCUUUUUUUUAUUAUUGUUAUUAUUGUUUUAUAAAGAGUUUUUCACUGAUAUUUUUAAAGUUUUUUAAUUUUCCUGUACAUUUUCUGAGAAAGAGAGCAGAUGAACGUCCAUGUGCUAUUUGCUGUAGGGCAUAUCUGAAUGUCAAAUGUGUUUAUCAUGAAUCAUCAUAUCAAGUCUGUGCUAUAGCUGAAUUUAGAAAUAAAA